CACUGCGACCAGGCAGACCUGACUGAUACAUGUGACUGUGACAAUCAGCUGCACAGUCGCAUCUAUACGCUCCAACAGUUUGAUUGUUUAACGUCGUGAUGGCGAAGCGAGCAGCGCGUCAGAGGAACCAGCUGCCCAACUGUUACUAUGAGGGAUACCUGGAGAAGAGGUCCUUCAAGGAUAAGACAUCCCGGAAACUGUGGACGUGUCUGUGUGGAAACUCGCUGUUCUUCUUUAACGACAAGAGAGACGCUGAUUACAUAGAGAAAGUGGAUCUCACUGGACUGGUCUCAAUAACAGAUGACAGCAGCCAGGACCGUAACUUAGACGCAGCCAGACUCAACCUACAGAUGAAGGACUUGAAUAUCAAAUUCACUGCUCCUAAUGCAGAAGCUCGAGAGCUGUGGAAGGGUUACAUCCACGCUGUGGCUGAGCUGUCGGUACCCUCCUCCCUCAACCUGCUCCCAGGUCAGAUCCACAUGUUAAAGGAGGCAGUAGAAAAGGAAAAGGAGAGAAUGAAAAGUCUCCCUCCACCUCCUCCACCUGCUGCUGUCACCAACUCCAAUGCCUACAUCAGCCUCAAAGCAGACAUGCCAGCUUGUUACCACAGUGUGUCCCGUCUGGAGGCAGAGCUGCUGCUUGAGCGAGAAGCCAAGAGAGGAAACCUGCUGCUGAGGCCUGGAAGUAAUGGAAACUCCUUCGCUGUCACCACCAGACAGGACCUUGAAGGCUCUGUAUUCAAACACUACCGCGUGGUGCGUAAACCUGACGGGAGCUUCGCCAUUGAUGUUGACAAUCCUGUCCCCUGUGCCACGCUACACGAUGUCAUCAACUAUUUAGUGGACAAAACUGACAGAGUCCUGAUUCCCCUCAUCCUCGAAGAAGCGUAUGAGAAACGCAUCUCUUUUAUUCGGUCUGAUGAUGAAAACGGAGAAAAGAGCGUCCAACAGGCUCCGUCAAACCCUCCGAGUGUCCCCCCCAAGCCAGUUGCUGUGAGAGUGCCGACCCCUGAACCAGCUCCAGCUCCAGCUCCAGCUGAGGAAGAGAAUAUCUACCUGAAUGACAACAUGGACGAGGAAGAAGAAGAGACAGAGGCUUCCAUAGCUGUUCUACUGCCACCAAAGGAGAAAAAAGCUCCAAAGAAAGCGAUCAUGCCUCCGACUCCUGUUCCUCGCAAACUGACCUCUUCUCUGACACCGACCUCCUCUACCUCCUCCACCUCCUCCACCUGCCCCUCCUCGCCCUCCACGACCAAACGGGAUCUGAGGAAGAGAACCCUCACAGACCCUCUGGUACAAAUUCCUCUCGCAGCAAUAACUGAGCUGAAACUGAAGCUUGAACAAAAGGCGAAGAGUCAAGAGUGACCUCUCCUGGUGGAAAGCCCUCAAAGCAUCUGUGACAAACUGGCCCAGCACCAGUGACUCAAACCAGCAGGGACACUCCCCAGUCUGUCCCAGCAGGAGCAGAGACACCAGCUGGUUGCACACAAACAGCCUCUCCCGUGGCUCCGCUCCUCCUCGUCAGCUGGCUGUCAGCAGCAAAGCCUCUCCGAAGAUUAACACUUUAUUGAUUCAGCCCUCUC